AUGAGUGAUGAAGAUAUUUAUGAUGAACUUUCUGAAAAUAAUGGUCUUCUAGAAGAUAAUGAAUUUCUAGAAAACAAUGAAUUUUUUGAAGAUAAUAAACUUCCUGAGGAAGAUUCUUUUGAUUUUUAUCGUGAGGCCAGUAAUGAUCAAAUGAUUAGUUCUAGUAGUGUGGAUAUUUCCACAGCUCAUAUAGACAACCAACCUUCUGCAACAAAAAAAAGCAAACCAAAAUAUAGACGAAAUUAUGCAAAGAUUAAAUCAUCAGACGAUAAUAGUGAAGAUUCAGAAUGCGAUGAUUUGGAUCCUUUAUAUCAUGAAGCAGUUGCUACUACUAAUUCAGCCGAUGGUUCUUUACAAAAUUUCUUGAUUAUUAAAUCAAUAUAUCAUAUAAUUUAUAAUUCAUUAUUUGAUUAUUGGAAUGAACCAAUAAUGAUUGGAUUGUUAGCAUCACUUCUGAAUUCCACGCUUAAAACACUUUCUAAUUGGGAUGAAGAAACUCGAAAAAAAGCUAAAGAAGAGUUAAAAUAUCAAUACAAACAUAUAAUUUCUUCAAGUUCUACAACAGUUCCAGAACAUGCU